CAUCGGUAUAAAUACCAGCACCUAACACUGGUAGGUUAGAUAGUCUUCCUGAAAGUGAUUAUUGGUUCAUACCUACCUGUAUUGCCUCAUAAAAAUGUUGAACCGGUGUGCAUGGAUUACGUUGGUAAUAGCUGCAAUUUACAUCCUUAGUGGUAUAUCAACCGAUGUCCCAAUCAAGGUGACAAACAACUUCUGCAACGGCUCAUGCAACAAUAAUAUUUGUCUCGACCAUGCCAACAACACCGUUGUACCCAACAACGACAGUUGCACACAAUAUUUCAUCUGUACAGAUGGACAUCCACAACCGAAUACGUGUCCGACCGGUCAAUGGUUCAAUCAGAUCGAAUUGACUUGCGACAGUUCGAAAAACGACAAGUGUAAUCCAGGCGAUGAAUUCAAGUGUCCGGCUCAGGGAAUAUUCUUUUACCCGCACGAGAAAUAUUGUGACAAGUACAUCAUGUGCUAUGCCGGUUUUCCCAUACUCAGUCAUUGUGCCGAUGGGCUAUACUUCGAUCGGGAGUCAUUGAAAUGUGAUAAACCGGAAGUUGCUGAAUGUAAAAUGGAAAAAUGUCCGAUCAACGACGGUCCAUUUGAACUUAUCUUCUUGCCGAGUGAUGUCGAUUGCGAAAAAUACUACAUCUGCUACAAAGGAGAACCUAUGGAGCAAUACUGUGCUCCUGGUAUUCACUGGAAUGCAGUCACUGAUCAGUGCGAUUUUGCAGAAAACGUCAACUGUACGUACGUGAAACCAGCCGAGCCGGUACCACCACAGCCUCAUGAGAUACCCUGUGCCGACGGAAUUUACUUCGAAAGGCAUCCUAACAGCUGUGAACACUACUUCAUUUGCUCCUUCGGUGUAUCAAUUAUGUUGGAUUGUGCAAAAGGCUUCCAUUUUGAUAGUAAGAACAAUUGGUGUGACUAUCCGGAAUCUGCUCAGUGCAAACCUACCCCUUAAAGCUGAAAUGUAUUUGGAAUGAAAAAAAUGGUUUUUGUUGGUCUGUGGUCUGUUUUGUGCAUUUCAUUUCAUUUCAAUCUUUGUGCCCCUGUACCCAAAGGUGUAGCCAGUGUUCUGUUAUGUAUUAAAUGAAGUAAAUAAUUUUGCAUCAAGUCUUAGGCGUUGCAGUAGGCAAAUGUGAUCGUACUCUGGCCGUUACAAAUAAAUUUUAAAAUUAAUUAAUAAAUGGAAAAAU